AAGCUUAGGGACGAUCGGAAACGCAUUAUUCAACUAAGUUGAUUACUCCAAUUAACAAGUACUUGAAGCGCAAUGAAAACUACGAAAAUUGCACUAUGCCUGCUAGUACUGUACCAGGUGCUAAGCUUAACGACCGCUAUUCCGCGACCUGAGGAUCCACCAAAGAAAGAUCCACCAAAGAAAGAUCCACCAGAAGAAAAACCCGGAGCAGAAGAACCUGGAGCAGAAGAACCAGGAGCAGAAGAACCUGGAGCAGAAGAACCUGGAGCAGAAGAACCUGGAGCAGAAGAACCUGGAGCAGAAGAACCUGGAGCAGAAGAACCUGGAGCAGAAGAACCUGGAGCAGAAGAACCUGGAGCAGAAGAACCAGGAGCAGAAGAACCAGGAGCAGAAGAACCAGGAGCAGAAGAACCUGGAGCAGAAAAACCAGGAGCAGAAGAACCUGGAGCAGAAAAACCAGGAGCAGAAGAACCCGGAGCAGAAGAACCUGGAGCAGGAGGUAAUGGAGCAGAAUAA